GAUUAGAUGUUCACGUUCCAUAUAAGGCAAUCAAUAUUGAACGUAUGCUUUCAAGACUAAAAGGCCAAUUUAUGUCCUUUUCCACCCAAUAGGCAUCACUCGCGGAUUGCCAGUCCAGUCCCAGCUUUUUCACCAUGUUGAACUGGAAAGUUCGGAGUUGUCUCCCAGUCAUUAUCUACAUAUUUUUAGGCCUUCAUUUUGUGUAUACAUCCUUGGCUGAUAGUUCUGUCCCUCCCUUUUUUCGCAGAGCUUUACCAGCAGCGCCAAAUGGAUAUAUUCCGUCAGGGGUGCAAUGCCCGCUAUUUAAUCCAAGCGUGCGCAACGCCGCAGAGAUAAGCCAGAAUGAAACGGACUGGUUAAAGAGACGACAAAACAAGAGAUUGGCGGCGAUGCAGAGUUUUCUCCAAAGGCUGAAUAUUACGGGCUUCAAUGCAACACAAUACUUUGCCAAUUUUCAGCCUUCAUUUUUGCCUAACAUCGGCAUCGCGUUUUCAGGAGGCGGCUACCGAGCUCUACUCAAUGGGGCCGGUGCAUUUGCUGCAUUCGAUGAGCGCACAAAGAACUCGACUGCACCUGGCCAAUUGGGUGGGCUGUUACAAUCUGUCACAUACGUUUCUGGCCUCAGCGGCGGCUCGUGGCUGGUGGGAUCAAUCUAUACAAACAAUUUCACCACCAUAACUGCUUUGCUCAACACCAACACCAACGGAAUCUGGCAAUUUGACCAGUCGGUCCUUAGCGGACCUACGAAUGACACGGCCUAUUUCCGGGAACUUCUUAACACUGUAGAUGGCAAAGAGGAGGCUGGAUUUCCGGUCUCGAUUACUGAUUACUGGGGUCGUGGGCUCUCAUAUCAAUUGGUGAACGACACCGAAGGUGGUCCUGCCUAUACAUGGUCAUCCAUCGCGUCAACGACAGACUUUGCAGACGGGAACAUGCCAAUGCCGAUCAUUGUGGCGCUUGAAAGAGCACCAGGCGAACAAAAUAUAAACCUGAAUUCAUCCGACUACGAGUUUAAUCCAUGGGAAAUGGGCACAUGGGAUCCGACAACAUUCGGCUUUAUGCCACUCGGUAUCCUGGGUUCAAACUUUACGGAAGGUAAUUUAACAAAUGGCAGCUGCGUGUCCGGUUUUGACAAUGUUGGUUUCGUGAUGGGCACCUCUUCCUCGUUGUUCAACCAAGCCCUGCUGCAGAUCAACAAUACCGCUAUCCAGGGCGCCUUGAAAAAAAUAACCACCUCGUUAUUACAAAACCUCAAUGAGUCGUCUAAUGACGUCUCUGUAUACGAGCCUAAUCCCUUUUUCGGCUACAACAACGCGACCAACAAAAAUGCUCAAGAGGAAGCCCUCAUCCUCGUCGACGGUGGAGAGGACCUGCAAAAUAUACCUUUUUAUCCGCUCCUACAGGCCAACCGCAAAGUUGACGUGAUCUUCGCCAUCGACAGCUCAGCCGACACUUUAACCCGGUGGCCCAAUGGAACUAGUAUGGUGGCGACCUACCAGCGCAAUAGCAACUCCUCGGGCAUUGCGAAUGGAACCGCCUUUCCUUCUGUGCCCGACCAGAAUAGUUUUGUCAACCUGGGUUUGAACAGGCAGCCCACUUUUUUUGGUUGCGAUUCGAUGAACAGUACAGGGAUCCCUCCGGCGCCGUUGGUUGUUUAUAUUCCAAACAGCCCAUAUACUUAUAACUCUAACGUUUCGACCUUAACGCUCGAGUUCAACGACACGGAACGAGACGCGCUGGUGCUCAAUGGCUACAACGUGGCCACCAUGGCCAAUUCAACUCAAUGGAGUGUUUGCAUUGGUUGUGCAAUUAUCAGUCGCAGUCUGCAUCGGACGAACACCUCAGUGCCAAGUGCUUGUGUGGACUGUUUUAGUCGGUAUUGUUGGAACGGCACCGUCGACACGACAACCCCAGGGACAUAUGAGCCUAGUAUGAAUGUGACUAUGACAAGUUUGGCGGCCAGAACAAACCUCAUCAGCCAAUGGGAACUCAUGUGGUGGUUCGUUUUCCAAGGGCUUGUAAUAAUGAGCAUUAUUUGAUUCCACUGCUACCAGUCUCCUGGUAUUACACUCGCUUCCUGGGGAGUGGAUCAAUUCGAUCAUAUCUAAAUAUACUUAUUUCAAUAUUUUCACAUUCUAACGAUAAGAG